UGCGAAGUUGGCCGCACUUACAGCAGAUCCUGCAGGUAUAUAUUCGGCAGCACUUCUGUUAUUGUUUUCAUUACAAUUUUAUAUGCGUUUAAACAAAGUUCUCCAAGUGUUUCUUUAAGUAAUUUAUUUAAAUACUAAGUAAACAGAGUGAAAUAUGACACGACAUGCUCGUAAUUGUACAGCAGGUGCUGUGUAUACUUACAAUGAAAAGCGUCGCGAUGCUGCGGAAUCUGGUUAUGGCACAAAAGCACAACGGCUUGGUAAAGAUUCAGUGAAAUCUUUUGAUUGUUGUUCUCUAACACUGCAACCAUGUCGCAAUCCUGUGGUAACUAAAGAUGGUUAUCUCUUCGACAAGGAAGCUAUACUGCAAUACGUUAUCACAAAGAAAAAUGAAUAUAGUCGAAAACUGAAGGAAUACGAACGUUUGCGUCGCCUCGAAGAGACAGAAAAUGCACAGGAAUUGAAUUUAAAACAGCAAAAAUGUAUUGAAAAAUUUGUGAAUGCUGGUAAACCUGUAAAUGAAACUGCAAAUAGUUCAAAAACUGCUGAAGUAGCCGUUAUUACAGCUAGUACAUCGGCGGCUGCUAUAGCUGCGGCUGGUGGUUCCAUCUCAAAUAUGACCAAUGGCAAUGAGAAGAAGUUACCCAGUUUCUGGGUUCCAUCUGAGUGCCCAAAUGCUGGAGCAGUAAAAGCUAAGAAACCAGAAUCUACGAUCCAUUGCCCUGUUUCAGGAAAACCAUUGAAAAUAAAAGAUUUGAUUGAUGUAAACUUUACUGUUCUUAAAGACGGCGAUAAUAGCCGGUCGCUUAUAGCAAAAGAGGCACGUUAUAUGUGUCCCGUAACGCAUGAUGUGCUCAGUAAUGCGGUACCUUGUGCUGUGUUGCGACCAACUGGAGAUGUGGUGACAAUGGAGUGCGUAGAGAAAUUAAUUAAAAAGGAUAUGAUACACCCGCUAACGAAUCAGAAAUUGUCUGAAAAGGAUAUUAUACCAUUACAAAGAGGCGGCACUGGUUAUGCUACGACUAAUUCCAAUUUGGAUGCCAAGGAAAAGCGUCCAAUGCUACAAGUUUAAGAAGUGGAUUACUCUAGGACAGCGAUAUAAAUUUCAAGUGAAUGUCAAAAAAAAAAAUUUAGUUAAAUAAAUAUGCUUAAAAAUGGAACUUACAUAAACUUAUGUAUGUUAUGUUUUUAAAAAAAUUUAAAUUUUUCGAUUCUAAUAUGUAUCUUUAAAUGUACAAUUUGCUAUAUGACAAGUAAUAAACCAUAAACCUACGUAUAACAUAUA